CGUCUGUGACGAAAAGAGUUCAAAUGCGCAAGUGCAAAGUUGGAUUUACAACAUGGUGGAACGUAGGAAAGGCAGAAAACGCAAAGAUGAAAUUUCAAGUUUAGAUAAUGAAAUUGCUCAGGAUAAACCAUCUAAAGAAGAAUAUGCUGUAGCCAAGUGGAUUCGUAACAAUGUACCUUCCAAAAAGACUAAAUUUGACAGAAAUCAUAAUGUUGAAUAUUUCACUGGUACUCGUGCAGUCGAUGCACUAUUGGAAAACUCACCCUGGAGCAAGACCAGAUUCGAGACUCGAGAACAAGUUACAAAAUUUCUUGACAUUAUGUUGAGGCACAAGUUUUUCCAUAGAGCUAAAAAAGUAGUAAUAUCUGAAGAGGAGCUUUGUAAAAUUCGUGGUAUUAAGAAGAAAAUUAAAGAACCAAAGGAAGAGAAGAAGUCUAAUGAAAAAGAAAAAGAAGAUCUGAAGGAAAAUAAGGAUGCAUCAAAUAAAGAUAAUGAAGAGAAAUCUGAUGAACGAAAAGAAAUUAAGAAGAAAUCAAAAGUGCGACUUGAAAUGCAUAUGGAACAAUAUUUCGUAGAUUGUAAUGAUGCUUACGUUUGGAUAUACGAACCAAUACCAGUUUAUUAUUGGUUUUUUGGUACCUUGGUAGUAUUAGGAGCAAUUGGACUUUGUUUAUUCCCGUUAUGGCCCUUAACUAUUCGUCAGGGAGUAUAUUAUUUAAGCGUAGCUGCUGCUGGAUUGCUUGUAUUCAUCCUUGCAUUAACUAUUCUUAGAAUGAUCGUAUUCUGUCUUCUUUGGGUACCUACUCUUGGCAGGUGUCAUUUUUGGUUAUUACCCAAUUUGAUAGCAGACGUUGGCUUUUUCGCAUCAUUCUGGCCAUUAUAUCAGUAUGAAUAUUAUGGUGCUUCAAAUGAAAGCGAUAAAAGAGGUAGUAAAAAGAAAAAGAAGAAGGACAAAGAUUCUGAUACUGAAGAAGCCCCUAGUACGUCUACCGAAGAUAGAUCUAAUAUGGAAGAAUUACCAAAGGAUGAGACAAACAGAAUCGAAGAGAUUUCUAAUGGAGACAAUAAGAAAGUUUCUGUUAGCGAAUCAGCAGAAGGUUCUGAGGGUAGUGAAGAAGGUUCAGAAAGUGAAAAAUCAAAUACAGGUCGUGAUUUUGUGAUGGUAUAAAACAUAUAUUGUGGCAUUAAUUAUCUCCAUGUUCAUUUGAACGAGUAAAAAUUAAUUCGAUGAUUAAUCGUUAAAAUUGACAUAUGCUUUUAUGUACAUUACUAAUGCAUAACUGUCAAAUAAUCAGGUUAUUAUAAUUAAUUUGAUAAAAGAGGGGGGGGGGACGGGAAAAGAUGUUAAUGUCAAAAUACUAUGGAAAAAGUGAAAAUAUCUUCUGGUGUACAAUCCAUUUCUUAAUAGAUAAAAAAACAAACAAAAAAUAUCAGACGGAUAUACUUGUACCAGAAAUUCUGCAUUUUGUGCAUUUAGGAUAUUGCAGAUGGACAAAUAAAAAAUUUGUCUGCAUUUUGUACGAAGAGAAUUUAUUGUUGAAGAUAGUGUGGAAUAUGUAAUAUCAGAAUAUUAUAUCGCUUUCUCGCGAUGAUUUAACUUUCUUUAUAUAUAUAUAUAUAUAUAUAUAUGUAUAUAUAUAUAUAAAUAUAUAUAUAUAUAUAUAUUGUUUGUAAGUUAUAAAAAGUAAAGUGUUAUAAACGUGUUUUACUACGUUAUUAGAAGUACUUAAUCGAUAAUUGAAAAUAUUGGAUUAAAAGGAAUGCAAUAAAUUUUCUUCUUUACUGUUGUACCUUUCUAUUUCAUAAAAUACAAUAGUUGGAAGAAUGAAACUCGUGUGCGUGGAACUCUGAUAUUUUCAUAAUUGUUCAUCGAAAGUAUUUGCGAUUUCUUCUUUCUAGUAGAUCAGAAAUUGUCUUUUUAAAGGUGCGUAUAUUGCACGUUUAAUACGAUAGAAUGUAAUUUAUAUUUUUAUUGAAGAUUCCAAUGAUAAUUAUUUUGUGUAAUCAUUAUUAUUAAUGUGGAUAUAUCAAUUGGAUCAUUGUAGGCGCAUGAUUCAUAAAUCUAUAUUCAAAUAAAGGGUAACAAUGAAGAGAA